AUGUCAGUUGCGACAUACUACGGAAAGUUGAAACUGUUGUGGGAUGAGUUGGCCAAUUACGAUCAAAUCCCGAUAUGCAGUUGUGGUGGAUGCAAGUGUGAUAUAUCAUCAAAAAUAGAAAAGAGAAUAGAGGAAGAAAGAGUUCAUCAAUUCCUUAUGGGAUUGGAUGAUGCAAUUUACGAGACUGUUCGAUCCAAUCUUCUUGCAACAGAUCCGCUGCCCAAUCUCAAUAGGAUAUACUCAACAAUGAUUCAAGAAGAAAGGGUGAGAAUGAUGACUAGAACCACAGAAGAAAGAAGAGAAGUGAUGAGCUUAGCUGUUCAAACAAACGGACGUGCAUUCAAAGGAAGAUGGGAUGGAAAAUACAAGUUUGUGUCUUGUACACAUUGUCAUCGAGCAGGACAUGACGCAGGAAGUUGUUUUCAACUUGUUGGUUAUCCCGAGUGGUGGGGAGACAGACCAAAAAAUGAAGGGAAAAGUGGUGGACGGGGCAAGUCACUGCAGCAAGCAGGAACUGGACGAGGAAGAGGAGGAAUUGUGCGUGCAACUGUGAAUGUUGUACACAGAGGUGGAACAAGUGCAGAAACUGGGGUUUCACACGGAGAUGGUUUUGGCUUGGCUGGAAUCAGUGAAGAACAAUUGCAAUCGUUGGUAGGAUUUCUAAAUGUUCAUAAAGCAAACUCCAAUGACAAGAUGACAGGUGAGUGCGAUAUGAAUACAUGGAUAAUUGACACAUGUUGUUCUAACCACAUGAUUGGAAACUUGAAUCAUAUGCGAGAACUAAGAGAUAUUCAAAGUUGUUCGGUUGGCCUACCUAAUAGAGAACAUGCUUCUGCAAUCAAAGAAGGAAGUAUAGUGUUGGAAGGAGGGUUAAAACUUGAUAAUGUUCUCUUUGUGCCAAAAUUAAAAUGCAACUUGAUAUCUGUUUCACAAAUGAUGAAUGAAUUAAAAUGUGUCAUUCAAUUCACUGAUAAGUUAUGUGUUAUGCAGGACCGUACUUCGAGGACGCUGAUUGGAGCGGGUGAACAAAGAGAUGUGCUUUAUUUCUUCAGAGGAGUUCGAAGAGAGAGAGCUUGUAAGACUGAUGGAUUCCACCCAAUGGACCUUUGGCACAAACAGUUGGGACAUCCUUCCUUAAAAAUUUCAAAGUUAAUUCCUCAAGUGAGUAGACACAGAGAUAUCAAUGUAGUGAAUAAAGCAUGUGAAGUUUGUUUUAGAGCCAAACAAACCAGAGAGAAGUUUCCUUUGAGUCAAAAUAAAGCUAGUAGUGCUUUUGAAUUAAUUCACUGUGAUUUAUGGGGAGCAUAUUAG